AUGGAGGCGCUAUGUGAGAAUGGAUACUUGAAACGAUUUUCAAAAACCUUCACAGUAAACAAACUCGUUAGUAGCAUAAGCGGUAAGCACGACCCUAUCGCGACAAGUAGGCUUGUUGUUGCUCAUUGCCAAUUGGAAUUGAGUUCCUUAGGAGAUAUCAUCUUAGAAGUAGCAAUUUUAGCAAGCUUCCCUAUAAAAACCGAGUCAACAUCUCUUUCAUCAAGAGCUCGAACUCUAAAUGCCAUAUUUCUAAAUCCUCGACAUCCACCACGACAUCCACCACAGGAAUCGAAGAAUUACCGAACAACAUCGAAAACGGAAAUUGAUUUAAGGAAGAUUGGAAGCAAAUUGCGUGUUGAGCAGAAGUGUAGAUGGCUUGUUGAUGUUGUGUCGCAAAAUCUAGACGGAGUAAGUACCAAGAUGGGCGAUGGAAAGUGUUCUGAUUUGCGGAGAAAGGCGGAUGAAGGUGAGUUGCUGAAGUUGUUGAAGGAGGUGAGUUUGAUGAAGAGGUUACUGAAGGGGGUGAUUUGGGACGGUGACGAAAAGGUGGUGGAGUUGUUGUGCGGUGAAGAGAAGAGGAAGUAG